AUGCGUCUCACAGCCCUCGUCCCGGUGCUAUGCUGCAUCGUAGCACUCAUCCUCUCCUUCCUAUGCCUCUUCGCAGGCCACAAGCAAUCCUUCAUGGAAGACUACCACCUCUUGACCCUCAACACCUCCCUCCUUGGCGAAACACUCCUCUCCGAAUCCCGCCCAACAGACACCUCCAACCCCCUCACCAACCUCCUCAACUCCAUCCCCAACGAAAUCAGCUCCGCCAUCAACGACCGCAUCGGCGAAAUCACCGCGCGCCUGGGCAUCGAGGACUUCUACUCGGCCCACAUGCUCGACUACUGCUACGGGCAGUACACGCCCCUGGAAGUCGCAAACGCCACCAUCAGCGACGACGACAUCAGCAAGAACGUCACCGGGUGCAGCCAGUCGCAGGCCAUGUACAAAUUCGACCCGACGCGCAUCGUCGAGGAGGCGCUCAACAGGACCACGGGCCAGCGCGUCACGCUGCAGGAUCUCAAGUGGCCGCAGGACAUUGAGGACGGCGUCAAGGCGCUCAACGCGCUCAUGGCCGCCAUGUUCGUACUCUACGUCAUCGCCAUAUGUCUGAUCUUCGUCGCGUUCGUGGCGGCGCUCUUCGCCGUCAUCGCGUCGGGCAGAUUAUCUGCGUGUCUCAAUUUCCUCAUGGCGCUGCUGGCGUUCAUCGCCAUUGGGCUUGCGAGCGCGCUCGUCACCGCCGUCAUGGUCAAAGCCACGGAUCUGAUUAAUCAGUACGGAAACGAUAUUGGCGUCGAGGCAAGUAAAGGGAAUAAGUUCCUGGCGCUCACCUGGGCGGCCACGGGCGUCAUGUUUGUCGUGCUGCUGGCGUGGGUCGUGGAGUUUUGUGUGGGGAGGAGGCAGAAGAGGACGCCUUAUGCCAAGCAUGGAUAA